AUGUUGCGACAAACAACGUUGCGACGCGCAACGUGCUCGCCCACAACCGCAGCGCGGCUGCGAACCCAAGCGCCACACCGGACUAUAUUCUCUCGGCGAGAUGAGCGAAUGAGGAGGUCCUCGAGCCGGGCGGUCGAGAACAUCGACAUUCGGCGCAUGACACAGCAGGCUCAGGACUGGCACCGCAACCGCACCAUCUUCCUCUGGUCUGGGGCGAUCGCCGGCGUUAUCUCUGCCAUUUAUACGGCCUGGAAGAUCAAGGUUGUCUUGGACAACCCGGUCAAGGCGGAUUCCAACCUCCCCUCCUCCGAUCCGCUCGCAUCGCCAAACGCCGCCGACCGAAAGGUUGUCAUCCACGACCAGGACGGCCGCGAAAUCGUCCCGACCGGCAACAGUACCGUGCCAACCUUCCCCCACACCCUCGAUCUCCCCGCCUACACAGCUCCAAUCACUCCCACCGAGGUUCCCACCAGCCCUGUCGAUCCUAUCACCACUCAACAAACCAUCACUGCGCCGAACGGUAGCACAACGGAGUACACGCUUGUUGGUCUCGGGCUACGCACUGUGACCUUCCUCGGCCUACAAGUCUACGUAGUGGGGUACUACAUUGCAACCGCCGACAUUGCGGCCCUGCAGAAUGCUCUGACUAAAAAGAUCAAUCCGAUUGCGACGACACUAGUGCCUGCGGAGCGUGAGGAGCUACGAGCCGCCCUGCUGGACCCGACCGAGGGCGAGCGCGCCUGGGAAGAACUGCUGGCCGCUGGCAUACCCGCGCGCUCUGCCUUCCGCGUCGUACCUGUGCGCGAUACCGACUUCCACCACUUGCGAGACGGGUUUGUGCGUGCGAUCCAGGCGCGCGCGCCGCCAACUCCCCCGGGGGCAGAUAAUGAGGCGUUUGGCCAGGCAAUGCGCCAAUUCCGUGGGAUUUUUAGCCGUGGGAGCGUGCCAAAGCGCAGAGAGCUACUACUGGUCCGGGACGAGACGGGACGUUUAAGCAUCACGUAUGAUGCCGGGAAUAAGAAAACGGAGGCGGCGCAGCCUGGCGGGCGACAGCUAAUCGGGGUGGUGGAGGACGAGAGGGUAUCGAGGGCAUUGUGGCUUAACUACCUGGCUGGGAAAAAAGUGGCCAGCGAGCCGGCGCGGCAAAAUAUCGUGGAGGGGAUUAUGGGGUAUGUGGAAAGGCCGGUCGGCACCGUGGCGGCGCAGGUCGUGCCGGUCGUGAACUCUAGGUUGUAA